AUGGCAAUGGUAAAAACAAAAGACCACCGUAAAACGCUCUCCAAAUUUUUCAUCUUUCAGCUGGCUGUGGUGGACGUUGCGUUUAGAAUUCUAGAAUGUUACGAACUGAUUAGCGAGAGAGUGACUGAUGGAGCACUUGGUCUAACCCACUGCAAAAUAAUCGUGUUCGUUCAAUACAUUUGUGCAGCCGUUAUAUUUUCUCUGUUAGCAGGCAUUGCUUUAGAUCGCAGUAAAAACAUCAUCUAUCCAUUGCAGAGCUUCAAAACUAGAUCGUACAAUCAUCGUAAAAAGACCCUUCUCUUGAUUUGGCUCUGCUCAAUUGCGGUGUCAACAGGCUUUCUCCUCACUUCAACGAGUGUUAGAUUUAGUCGCCGAUUUGGAGCAGCAGGAAACAGGAAUUCAUCGAUCUCACGCGUUAAAAUGAACGCAUCUGGCGGAGAAUUUCUUCUCCAAUCUCCGAAGUCAUUUUGUAUUGCUGGACCUCCAAACUCUCUCGAAACCCAGAUAUCAUUCAUGUCGUAUUUCCUUUGUGGAUUUUUCAUUCCUUUCUGCAUUAUGACAAUCUGCUAUUCUCGGGUGUUUUACUUCUUGAAGGACAGAGGAAAGAAAUCAAUUCUGAACCAGUCAGUGAUCAAGUCUAAGUGGAAAACUGUGAUUAUCCUUAUGUUGCUGGUACUUAACUUUCUUAUGAGCUGGGGUCCUAUAAUGACGCUAGAACUGUUUGAGUCGUUCGUCGAGUUGGAGAAAGAAACAAGAGAAUGGCUUAGACCCCCGGCGGAGGUUAUCUGUCUCUCAAGCUCGAUACUUAAUCCGAUCAUUUAUGCGUUUGCUGAUGCAUCAUUCAGAAAACAAACUGUUUCUCUGUUAACUUGUAAAAGAAGAAUUAGUUGUUUAAAAAGUAAUUCGUAA